GCAAGUGCAGUAUAUGCCACAUUAUCAGCAACAGCAACAAGACAGUCAGCAACACGAGCCGCAGGACGUGAGCCACGAACUGGAGGAGCUAUAUGGAAGUAUAAUGUCCGCCGAGCAACUGGCCAAGUUAGACUCUCAACCAAAUCCCUUUAACUUCAGUGAACGAGUCUCUCAAACUCUGCGCAUCCCGAGGAAGACGGUGGGGCAGCAGACUGACCAGCCUCCCAGCAGCACCUUCGGCGCCAGUGUGGGCCUCUCAGUGAUCUACGACGCGUACCAGCACGACUAUGUGUUGGUCCUGGCCAGGGAGAGGCUGCGCCAGGCGGACAAGGACAAGGACGACGACAGGGAAAAGAAAUCUGGCAAAAAGACCACAAGAGAUGCUGAGGAAGGUGAAGACUACAGACGUGGAGACUUCAGUAAGGUGAGAGACUACAGACGUGGAGACUUCAGUAAGGUGAGAGACUACAGACGUGGAGACUACAGACGUGGAGACUACAGUAAGGUGAGAGACUACACUAAGGUGAAAGACUACAGACGUGGAGACUACAGUAAGGUGAGAGACUACAGACGUGGAGACUACAGACGUGGAGACUACACUAAGGUGAAAGACUACAGACGGGGAGACUACAGUAAGGUGAGAGACUACAGACGUGGAGACUACAGUAAGGUGAGAGACUACAGACGUGGAGACUUCAGUAAGGUGAGAGACUACAGACGUGGAGACUUCAGUAAGGUGAGAGACUACAGACGUGGAUACUACAGGGACUUCAACGCCCGAGUUGGGACACAUUACCAGAGCAAGGAAGGGAUCAUAGAAAGAUAUGGCACUGGCAAGUGCAACAGCAAUGACCUUCUGCUCCUCACGUUGUGUGCUAUGUACGACCUCCUCAUCGUCACCAACAUAGUUUCACUUUCCCACCCACAACAAGACAUCAUGGAUAAUGACCCAACAUCACAAGGGAAGAAAGAUGCCAUUGCCAAUGUUAGAAGAAUAGUGCAUAGGAAACUCUGUGAGAUGCAGGAUGCAUGGUUUAGCAAGAAGACCAAUGAAAUCCAAGCUUCAAGAAAAUGCCAAGAGCAACAUAGCGACCUCUACGUGACCUUUACCGACCUGACCAAGGCCUUCGAUACGUCAUCAUGGGUCACUCCCCACACGGCCGCAGCUGCGUCUACUACACCCCCACACACAGACUCAGCCGAGGAGGGAGGAGGUUUGGGUCGCAUUCUCCGCCCUACCAGGAUUAUGGAACGAAUGGUCAACCAGAACAUCUACGAUGACAUCAUUCACGACUACAAGUACUGGGAGGACACCAGUGACGACUUCCGGCCCCUGGAGGGCUCUCUGCUCCCGCUCUGGAAGUUCACUACCCACAAGACUCGUGACCUUUUGGUGGCUGACGUCUGCUGGAGCCCAGCAUACCCCGACCUGCUGGCUGCUGCCUACACCCCAAGUGAGUCCUGUUUGAGUGGACCUCAAGCUGGAGGCUUCCUGUGUCUCUAUACCCUCAAGAACCCUGGCUACCCUGAGCGUUGUCUCGCCACACCCUGCGGCCUCACCUCUGUACAGUUCCACCCCACGCGUGAGAGCGUGCUGGUGGCGGGCAGGAGUGACGGAGCCGUGAUGGUGUUCGACGCCCGCCAGGCUCCUGUACCUCGCGUCCUCACCUCCACCACCAACACCGGCAAGCAUCUCCUCCCUGUCUGUCAGGUGAGGUGGGUGCUAACAGAACCGGGCCAGAACCUCAGCUUCUAUUCCGUGGCGGAUGACGGCCGCGUCUCGGAGUGGGUUGUGCGACCAUCUACUCUACACGUUACAGACGUCCUGGACGUCCAGACCCCAGCCCGGCCCUCCACAGCCUCGCCCACCUCCACCAAGUCACCGUUUGUGGGAACUGCGACGUGCGUAUCAUUUAAGCCUCAAGAUAAGAGCAUCGUGCUGGUGGGUCUGGACACGGGCGUGGUGCUAGAGAUGUGCCUCACCUCCUCCUCCUCCUCCCAAGCCUAUGCACGCUACCACGCCCACACCGCCCCUGUCACAUCCAUCGUCUGGAACGCCCACCACCACCACGUCUUCGCAACCUGUUCCCUCGACUGGAUGCUCAAAAUCUGGUUGCAACACUACAUGUGCGCCCUGGUGAUGCUGGACCUGGGGGCGCCGGUGUCGGGGAUGACCUGGUGUUACUACAGCAGCAGCGUCAUCGUCGGGGUGACGGAGGACACACGUGUCCAUGUCUACGAUCUCUUCCUCCGCAAGUGUCGCCCACUGUGUGUCCAGACGCUCCUCCAGCGGCGGCGCUCCACCCUCGCCUGCGUCGCCCUCAACCCGUUCCACCCUAUCCUGCUGGUGGGAGGGGACAGAGGCUACCUGCUCACCCUCAAACUCUCACCAAACCUGAGGCGGCCCCACAAGGAGGCCAAGGGAGCCGACGAGCACAAGCUGAGAGAGAUCGAGCUGGCCAAGAUCGAGAGAAUCAUCGCUACGGCCAAAACCACAGACAAGACAAUACUUUGUUGAUUUUUUGUUUGGUUUUUAUAAAAAAAAAUUGUAAUUGUUGUUGCUCUUAUUAUUUUUUCCAUUAUCAAAGUCUUCAUGUUCACUAAUUAAUGUUACUCGCACUUAAUAAAUGCCACAGA